AUGCCCCGUUAUCGCAAAAAAUUAAAUCAUGGAAAUCAACGCAAGUUCAAGCGUGACCAGAUUCAAAAAGAAUUAGAAGAACUGGAAGAAAAUUGCAAAGCUUUGACAAUCGAUUCAAAGUUCGAAACAUUCAACGAACUACCUCUAUCCACUUUGACUUUGAAAGGCUUACAAGAAGCAAAUUAUGUUGAAAUGACCGAGAUUCAAUGCAAAGCGCUCCCUCUCGCCUUACGUGGAGAGGACAUUUUAGGUGCUGCUAAAACUGGCAGCGGAAAAACUUUAGCUUUUUUGAUCCCAGUAAAGAGAAUAAUGGGCCUGGACUUUCCAGCCGUUGAUUGGGUAAUACAAUUAGAUGCUCCAGGGAAUGCUGACACAUACAUUCAUCGUGUGGGACGUACAGCAAGGUAUGAAGCUUCUGGGCUUGCACUGUUAUUUUUGUUGCCAAGUGAAGAAGAAGGGAUGAAGAAAGCUUUAGAACAAAAGAAAGUGCCAAUUGGAAAAACUAAGGUUAAACGGAGCAAAACAAUGAGUAUACAGAAUCAAUUACAAUCAUUUUGUUUUCAAGAUCCUGAAAUCAAAUAUCUGGCACAGAAGGCUUUUAUAUCAUAUAUGCGGUCAGUUUAUCUUCAAAGUGAUAAAUCUAUAUUUAAAAUUGAUGAAUUACCCGCAGAAGAAUUUUCCGCUUCUCUUGGGUUACCUGGUGCGCCAAAAAUUAAAUUCGUUAAACCUAAAGAAGUGACUGAUGAUGAAAAUUCGGAGGAUAACCAAUCAUCAGAUUCUGACGAUGCUUCCGAUGAAGAAAAAAAAAAGAACUCAAAACCCAAAACUAGAAUUGAAAGAAUUUUUAAUCGUAAAAAUAUGUCCGUUUUCACUGAUCACUACCAAAAACUUGUGGAUCAAGAAUGUGACAAUCUUACACAUGAGUAUGAUGAGUUCAUUACUCUUAAACGUGUUAAUCAUGAACUGUCUACGGAACUAGAACAAAUGUUUCAAGACGAAAAGGCGAUCCUUGAUAAUGCAUUAACGCAAAAGCAAACAUUUAUUGAAAAAGAAUUAAAAGUAAUGAGAGAGAAGGAUGAAGUGGAUAAAAUGACUGUCAGAGAGAAAAAACGUAGAAAAUUAAAGUAA